AUGGCUCCAUCCGCAGACAGGCUGGGAUACUGGGGGCGGCCAACCUCAACGCUAGAUUGGUGUGAGGAUAAUUAUGUCGUCUCUUUCUACAUCGCAGAAUUCUGGAACACUGUCAGCAACCUGAUUAUGAUCCUGCCUCCCAUCUACGGUGCCAUCCAGACGUAUAAAGAUGGCCUAGAGUUCCGCUACGUCUACUCUUUUCUGGGACUGGCAGCUGUUGGCAUUGGUUCCUGGUGCUUCCAUAUGACGCUGCAAUAUGAGAUGCAGUUGCUGGAUGAGCUGCCAAUGAUCUACAGCACCUGUGUCUUUGUCUACUGUCUAUAUGAAUGCUUCAAGCAAGAAAACACUCUGAGUUUAUUUUCUAUCACAUUGUUAUUGUUCUUCAGUGUCUCAGUCAGUGUGGUGUAUUUACAAUGGAAAGAGCCAGUAUUUCACCAGGUCAUGUAUGGUGCGCUUGUAGCCUGCUUGGUGAUGCGUUCUAUCUUCAUAGUUACAUGGGUGUACCCCUGGCUCAAACCUAUGUGUUACAUCUCCCUGAGUGUCUUCCUGCUGGGGUUCCUGUUGUGGAACAUUGAUAAUCUGGCAUGUGACUCACUCAGAUCCACCAGGCAGAGACUGCCCCCUGUUGUUGGGGCGGUGACACAGUUCCAUGCCUGGUGGCACAUCCUCACAGGCCUGGGCUCCUACCUACACAUACUCUUCAGCCUCCAGAUACGGUCAAUCUACCUCAAACACAGACCAAAAGUAAAGUUUAUAUGUGGAGUGUGGCCCAUGUUGCACAUGGAGGCUCAGAAGACAAGCUGAGUGGCUGGGGACCAUGAAGGAGGGUGACUACCAUACAACAGGCAUCAGCAAAGGGACCUGACCUGCCAGUCUGCCAACUCCCCCUCUGCUGUCUCUGGGACACAUACUG